UCAAGUAUUCCUACUUGGAUUAAAGAAGGUAAGAAUUUAGCACCAACGAAGAAGAAGGCCGCAGUAGAGACAACUUGGGGACGAGGGCAAAUAUUGCUAUAUUUCUACCCUUGCGGGCUAAUAUUUAGCAAUGGAUUCUCAACCUCCACCUAAACCGUGGCAAGGGCACAUUCCAAGAGUUAUGAGUGCGCCAGUAAAUUACAGGUCUACCGGCUUUGGGCCCGCUGCAGGAGUCGCCUCCACUUCUGUGGGUCCUCCUGUCCUGACCAGGAUGGCUCCUCCAGUGCCCCCCCGGCCUGUCCAGCAGUCCUAUCGUCCAUCCUACAACUCCUUCAUGCCUUCGCACAGUCCGUAUGGGAGUUCCUUCUAUGGCGGCUACAGCCCCUACUCUUACGGUAGUGGAUUCAACUCAGUGGGCUACAGACACUUCCCCCCCCGAGAGGACGUUGUCCCCAGCCGGUUUGUGCAGCAGGCCGAGGAGAGCAGCCGUGGUGCCUUCCAGUCCAUUGAGAGCAUCGUCCAGGCCUUCUCUUCGGUCAGCAUGAUGCUCGACGCCACCUUCUCAGCGGUGUACAACAGUUUUCGAGCGGUGCUGGAUGUCGCUAACCAUCUAACGAGGCUGCGUGCUGACCUCACUAGAGUUCUGUCAGCUUUUGCUUUUGUCCGAACAUUGCGUUACCUGUACAGAUGGUUGCAGCGACUUCUGAGGAGGGGGCGGCCAGACGCAGAUGCUGAGGACUUGUGGGCUGACAGCACUAGUGAUGUUCUUGCUACGAGUUCAUCUAGAGGUAACGGAGCAGGCGCUGAGGAUCAGCGUGUGAAGUCCUGGCCGGUCUUCCUGUUCUUUGCUGUAGUCCUCGGCGGCCCCUACCUCAUCUGGAAACUUCUCAGCUCCAGUGCUGCCAGUGAAGAAAACACUACUGACUGGGCCAGCGGGGAGGACGAUCACGUUGUGGCCCAAGCUGAGUUUGGGUUUUCAGCAGCUUCUGAGGAGGAGCUUUCUCUGCAGGCUGGAGAUAUGCUUAACCUCGCCCCUAAAGAGCAACAACCCCGGGUGCGUGGCUGGUUGCUCGCCAGCGUUGACGGUCAGACCACAGGUCUCGUUCCUGCCAACUACGUGAAAGUCCUUGGCAAGAGGAGAGGGCGCAGGUAUGCCGAGAUGGAGAGGCUUGCUCAGGUUCAGCCAGGAAUGGCGCCGGCUUCUGCAACGGCCUCGACUCCGCAGUCGCACUCGCCCGCAGCUCAAGAUUUUAACCGAGAUCUUUCCACGGCGUCUGCAGAGCAGCUUGAGUCGGCGUAUGGAGCAGCGCCAGCCUCUUUCAGUUCCAGCAUGUCCUCCGACACAUUGAUAAACAUCCCGGAGAAGGAUGACCUGUGACGAUCGAGUCUGAACGAGAAAAAUGUUAUUCAAACACUGUUUUAGUUCGUCUGAGAUUAGCUUUUCAUUUAAUCUGUCUGAGCUUUAGGCGUCUGUGUUUGUUGAGUGAAGCGAAAGGACUUUGAUUCAUUCAGAGAUGUCUAAUUUUUCCCAAUUUUAUCGGUUAAUCAAUCACUCAAUGUAAAUAUUUAACUUGAUUAGUUUAGGAAAAGGAAAUAUAUUUUCAAAAUUAA